AUGGUCUGGAGGAACUGUUUCCGAGCAGAAGGAAACUGCUUCCCCAGAAAGGGUGUGUGUGAAGAGUCUUUGUCCUCUAGAACAGAGAUGGUAAGUGUGGGAGUCAUCACAGAGCCUUGUCAUACCAGGUGGGAAGUCGAGACAGAUGAAGUUGUCCUGCAACGGCGGCAGAAGCAGAUCGAUUAUGGCAAGUGCACACCUGGUUACCAGUGCUUUCUGCAGCAGGUCCCCAAGGCACAGCGACAGCCUGGGUUUCACCCUCAAACACCAAACAAAAACAGGAGGUACAGCCGCAGAUCCUGGGAUGCCCAGAUCAGGCAAUGGAGAAGAGCCCUGCAUACCUGGGAUCCCCCAAGCCAGUCUCUGCAUGAGAGGGAGGCUGAGGGGAAGGCAGCUAAGAACUUCCUAAGGCCAGUGGAUUCUACUCCUUUGGAUGAUCUGGAUGACUGGCCCCAGGCCCUGGAAUCCUUAGAGAAUUGGGACAAAAGCCAGAAAGAGGCCCAGUUUGCAUACUUGAAGGGUCCUGUUUCCUCCCCUCCCCAGCUCAAAGAGGAAGCUCUCCACCACUAGGUCUGCUGCUGUCUACCUAUCACAGACAAGCAGGGUGCAAAAUAUUUAAAGAAAACAUGCUUUUCAGGGACUCGCUGCUAUUAC